UUUUCACAAAUUAUAGUUUCGUCAAUUGUUUGCAACAAAAGAAACUCACGAAUUGUUGGAGGCUCACAAGCAGUAAAGAAUGAAAUACCUUUUAUUGUGAGUCUUACAAGACGUGGAGGACAUUUUUGCGGUGCAACUAUUAUACAUGAAAGUUGGGUAUUAACAGCGGGCCAUUGCCUAUGCAACGGUUUGAAUAAGUUCGUUAAGCCAUCACAAAUUAAUGGUGUGGUUGGCUUACACAGUAUUUCUGAAUAUACAAAUGGCAUUACUAUAGCCACUGAUGCGACAACCCCGAUACAAAUUGAUUUUAAGAAAAUAAUUACUCAUCCCGAAUAUAUUUGCACAAAAGUUAAAAACGACAUUGCUCUUCUAGAAAUUGUAAAGCCAAUUAAAUUUACUCCAUAUAUACAACCAAUUUGUCUUAAUGCUAAAACAGGUUCAAAUAAUUAUGAAAAUGAAGUUGCAACAGUAUCUGGUUGGGGUUGGACUAAUGAAAAUCAAUCUAUUGGAGAGCGUGCAGACACCUUGAGAAAAGCAUCCGUUCAGAUAUGGAACAACAGUGAUUGUGAAAAAUCAUAUCAGCUAAAUGGCAAAACAAAUAAUAUAUAUGACACUCAAUUAUGUGCUGGUUUCGAGAAUGGUGGCAUCGAUUCUUGUUGGGCUGAUUCCGGUGGCCCACUUAUAUUUAAAGAAAAUAUUCUAAUAGGAGUCGUUUCAACAGGUAUUGGUUGUGGCAGACCAGGUCUACCUGGUAUUUACACACGUGUUGGCAAAUAUAUUGAUUGGAUCGAAUCUGUGAUAAUUUAA